UGCUCGCUCGCUCCCUCCCGGGGCAGCGCCCGAAACUCGGCGCCGCCGCAGCCGCGCCGCGCCGCCGGCAGCUCCGCGGGAAGCGGGUGUGCGUCCGCACUGCUGCGAGCGAUGGCCCCCUUCUUGCGGAUAUCCUUCAACUCCUUUGAGCUGGGACCGGUGCAGAGCCAAGGGGAGCAGCUGCAGCCGUUCUGUGCCAUCAAGAUGAAGGAGGCGUUGACCACAGAGAGAGGGAAGACGCUGGUUCAGAAGAAACCCACCAUGUACCCAGAAUGGAAAUCCACUUUUGAUGCCCAUAUUUACGAAGGGCGGGUGAUUCAGAUAGUUCUCAUGAAGGCGGCGGAAGAGCCCCUGUCCGAAGUGACCGUAGGAGUAUCCGUCCUGGCGGAGCGGUGCAAGAAAGGCAGCGGCAAAGCUGAGUUCUGGCUUGACCUGCAACCUCAGGGGAAGGUGCUGAUGGCUGUGCAGUAUUUUUUAGAAGAUACAGAUUGCAAACAGUCAAUGAGGGAAGAAGAGGGGACAGUAACUAUGAACAGGAGAGGGGCUAUCAAGCAAGCCAAAAUCCACUACAUCAAAAAUCACGAAUUCAUCGCUACCUUCUUUGGACAACCUACCUUUUGCUCUGUCUGCAAGGACUUUGUAUGGGGACUCAACAAGCAAGGCUACAAAUGUAGGCAAUGCAAUGCUGCUAUUCAUAAGAAAUGUAUCGAUAAAAUCAUCGGGAGGUGUACCGGUACCGCAGCCAACAGCAGGGACACGAUGUUUCAGAAGGAGCGCUUCAACAUCGACAUGCCUCAUCGCUUCAAAGUUUACAACUACAUGAGCCCGACCUUCUGCGACCACUGCGGCAGCCUGCUCUGGGGCCUCGUCAAGCAGGGGCUCAAGUGCGAAGAAUGUGGAAUGAAUGUACAUCAUAAAUGCCAAAAGAAGGUGGCAAACUUAUGUGGAAUAAACCAGAAGCUACUAGCUGAAGCUUUAAAUCAAGUUAGCCAGAAAUCUACCCGAAGAUCUGAAUCUGGAUCUGUAGAAAGUGUUGGUAUUUAUCAAGAUUUUGAUAAGAAACCUAGAGGUCCAGGAGGAGAUGCAACAGCAGAUAACAGCGAGUACGACAAGCUCUGGGAGGGGAACACAGCCAAGGCAGCGUCACGGAUUGCAAGCCGGAGAAAAUUCAACAUCGACAGCUUUGUCUUCCAUAAAGUACUAGGGAAAGGAAGUUUUGGAAAGGUUCUGCUGGCGGAGCUGAAAGGGAAGAACGAGUUCUUUGCUGUCAAAGCACUGAAGAAGGAUGUGGUGCUCAUUGACGACGACGUCGAAUGCACCAUGGUGGAGAAGCGGGUCCUUGCACUUGCAUGGGAGAAUCCAUUUCUCACGCACCUUUACUGCACGUUUCAGACAAAGGAUCAUCUGUUCUUUGUGAUGGAGUUCCUGAAUGGGGGAGACCUGAUGUUCCACAUACAGGACAAGGGGCGUUUUGAUCUCUACAGAGCAACGUUUUAUGGAGCUGAGAUUUUAUGCGGGUUACAGUUUCUUCACAGCAAAGGCAUUAUUUAUAGAGACCUAAAACUGGACAACGUGAUGCUCGAUAAAGAAGGCCACAUCAAAAUAGCUGAUUUUGGAAUGUGCAAAGAAAACGUCGUCGGCGAGAACAAGGCGAGCACUUUCUGCGGCACCCCGGACUACAUUGCUCCCGAGAUCCUGCAAGGCUUGAGGUACACGUUCUCCGUGGACUGGUGGUCGUUUGGUGUCUUGCUCUACGAGAUGCUUAUUGGACAAUCUCCUUUCCACGGGGAUGAUGAAGAUGAGUUGUUCGAGUCGAUCCGAGUGGACACACCUCAUUACCCACGCUGGAUUACCAAGGAAUCAAAAGACAUAUUAGAAAAGCUAUUUGAAAGGGAUCCAACAAGACGACUGGGGGUCACUGGGAACAUCAGAGACCAUUCGUUCUUCAAAACCAUCAACUGGGCAGCUCUGGAGAAAAGGGAGGUAGACCCUCCUUUCAGGCCAAAAGUGAAGUCAGCAAGCGACUACAACAACUUUGACAGAGAAUUUCUGAACGAGAAGCCAAAGUUAUCUUACAGUGACAAAAACCUGAUUGAGUCCAUGGAUCAGUCUGCAUUUGAUGGAUUCUCUUUCAUUAACCCCAAAUUUGAACAGAUCAUAGACAAGUAGCCUCUGCUUGAGCCGGACUUUAAAGCGGGGCUGAAAGUUUAAACAGAGAACGGCAAGUGUUAAAUGUUACACAGUCCAACGGUGUUGUCAAUAUUUCAGAAUAAUACACAGUAGUGUGAUUAAUUAUGUGUAACUGCUGAUUUAUUGGCAGUGUCCUUUUAUGCAUGGUUGGGUUUAAGGUAUGUGAAUCAUGUGCAUUAUUUUCUCUAUUUGGGAAAAUGUAAAUUCUGUUUGGUUACUUGAAUGUAGUUAUGUUAUAUAAAUAUGCUGUAUAUUUUGCUCGAGAGAAGACAUUGGAGAACAGAUGAUGUCUUUUUAAAAAAGUGUUUGAGCCCUUGGUUCUUUUAUUUGUCUUCAAUUAAAAGAA